UUUCAUUUUCCUGUGCCUACUUAAUAUAGGGCGAAAAUCAACUGUGUCGAUGGCUCAUCAUGGUGUUUCAGGUUUGGUUGGGAAACUUGUAACUGAAUUGGAGGUCAAUUGUGAUGCUGACAAAUUCUAUCAAAUUUAUAAGCAGUGUAAAGAUGUUCCAAACGCAGUUUCUCAUCUAUUCCCUGACGCCAAAAUUCUUGAAGGAGAUGGACUUCGUUCCGGUUGUAUCAAGCAAUGGGACUAUAUUCUUGAGGGUAAGGCAAUGAGCUGUAAGGAGGAAACGACACAGAAUGAUGAAAAAAGGACGUUGCACCACCAUGUAAUCGAAGGAGACCAGAUGAAGGAUUACAAGAAGUUUGAUGUGAUAAUUGAAGUUAAUCCAAACCCUAAUGGAGAAGGAUGCACUGUGACUUGGUCUAAUGUGUAUGAGAAAAUAAAUGAGGAUUCUCCGGUUCCCUUUAAUUAUCUAAAGUUCUUCCAUCAGAACAUCGUAGAUAUGAGUUCUCACAUUUGCGCUUCUGGAUAAGAUAUCGGUACGGUAAGUACAUGAACACGACUUUAGUGUUGGAUGUACGCACAUCUAUGUGAGUGGUGGUACAAGUUGGUACAAGUAUGCCUAUAUCUAUGUGAGCAGUUGUGUGCUUUACUCUCUUGCAGUAUGCCUAUAUCUAUGUCAUGUGAGUGUUGGUACAAAGUGUUGGAACAAGUGAGUUGUUUGAUCUGUUAUAUAUAAUACUAUGUGUGGUUUGUUCUAAAAAUAAAGAUUACGGGGACUUGCAAGUUA